AUGCCCAAAGUAUACGAUGCACAGGGCACGGGUUUCGCGGUCGGUAACGCGCAAGGCACGUCGAAGCCCUUGUCCUGUGCUCGCGGCGGUUUCGUGGCAAGGCACCAGCACCUUCCCCCACACCCCUGCAGGUCUCCGCCGUGGUUGUUGGCCGCUCGCACGGAUCGCACGCCACCAUCGCCGUCGCAUCGCUCCCGCGUGGUGCCACGUUGCUGCUCGGCCGUGCACCUCCGUUACGCCCUGCCUUCUCUCUGCUCAAUCUUCCCGACCACGCGACGCCCGUACGGAUUGAAGCUCGCCACCGGCGGGAAAGCCCCCGCACCGGGCGCGGCGCAGGCACCCCCGCACCAGAGGCGCUGCGGCACUGCCACCGUGGCGGCGGGCCGUGGCGCCCAACGCCGCUGGGCAACACCGCGACCGGCAGAGCGGGGCCGCCGCUUGCCGGUGUGUCCAUCGAGCGCCGAGCGGGCGGCGUUCUCACGGGGCACCAAAGUGAGCCGGGAAGGCAACGCAACAGAACCCAAAAACCACGGGGGGGAGGGGGAAAAAAAGGAGGGGAGAAAAAGUGAAGGCAACGAACCGAAGAUACACAUAACGCCAAACGUCACCCUCGCAAGCACGCUGGCGGCAGACGAUGGAAUAGACAACAGUGUCUAG